AUGUCCACACGAAAAGCCACUCUCUCACUCUACCGCCGGUCACUUAAACUCGCGCUGGACUGGGCUGUCCAGCGCCAUCUCUGGCGUGGUCAAGCGUUAUACAUACGAUCACUCUUCGAAGCAAACCGCAACGUAUCAGAUCCCAGACAACAGAGAGCUCUUCUGUCGGAGACAGAGAAACUGUUAGAUAGUUGGAAGCACCCUGAACCUUACAUUCCCCCAACAGCCCCCGGAGGCUCAAAAUAUGAGCGCAACCUGCCGUCGCCGAUCCUGGACCCUCCUCCACAUCAAACAAACAGGCACUAG